CGUAUUUUCUCCGUGAAACUUUAUUUUUCUGAUUAAAAGGACACAUGAGCAUCUUUUUGAACUAUUUUGUGUCUUUCCCAUUGGUUCAAUUGGUUAUUCGGUGCUAAGAUGGCCAUUUCGCUCCGAAAAAUAAUGAAAUCCUUGCCGUGAUUUUCCUGCUACUAGCGAGCUUAAGGGAACGGCUAUAGGAAAACAAACAGGUCGAAUGAAGAAAGAUCGGUGGCCGGUCGGAUGAAGAGGUUGACAGACUUCUGCAUUGCAAGCUUUUGAAGACUGCGUUUUUAUAAAUGUUUACAUUUAGCAGCUAGCAAUGGUUUUGCUGCUUGAUCUUUUGCAAUUACGUUUCAUUUGAAGUUUUAUUUGACCUAAUAGCUAGCUGGGUAGCUAGCUAUGUUAUCACUCGCUAACGUUCACUUGGUGCUUUUAGUUCAUAGUCCGUCUGCUGCAGGGUUUUGUUAUUUUGAUGCAUUUGCUUGUGAUUUAAAAGUCGACGUUUUAAGCAGGCAUUGAAUAGUUAACGGUCGAUAUUUGAGGGAAACGUUAUGCAUUCUAGGCGUUUGGUGAAGCGUUCUAUCCUCGGAAGCCGAGUCUAUGCGCCUAGCCCGACGGGAGACGGGGCUGUGAUCACAGGAGUGGUGCAGGCUGUCAAACAGGAAAACAAGGAUGCUUCGACUGGACCUCGCCGAAACGUGUACACGGUCCUGAUGCAAGACGGGAGCUUGAACGAGUAUUCCGAAGACGAGAUCGCAGUGGGCUCCGCUCAGAUGACUGCAAAAGGACCGCUGAAGUCAAGCUUGAAGCAGCAGAGCUCCUGCAAUGGUCGGGACCAUCCGCCGGAAUCCCAAAAAGGCGAGGCCAACUCCCUGGCUCCGGAGCCUCCGGAGGACCCGCGGGGACCCGACCACGCCCGCUCGGUCUGCCUGCUCGAGCAGAAGCGCAAGGUGGUCUCCUCCAGCAUCGACGUGCCGCACGCCAGGAAAUCUGAGGAGGAAGUGGACAUGGACAAAGUGACGGCAGCCAUGGUGCUGACCACCCUAUCCACCAGCCCGCUGGUCCGAAGCCCGCCCGUCAAAGUCAACGAGUGUCUGAACGGCUCAUGGAAGGACGGCGGCUUCACCCCGUCCAGCUACAGCAGCAGCGGGUACUGGAGCUGGAGCGCCCCGAGUGACCAGUCCAACCCCUCUACGCCGUCCCCGCCCCUCUCCGCCGACAGCUUCAAGCCCUUCCGCCUGCCCAGCGCUCCGGGCGCGGCCGACGACAUCAUCGACGAGCCGGACGGCAGCAGCCUGCUGUUCGACGAGCCCAUCCCCCGCAAACGCAAGAACUCCAUGAAGGUGAUGUUUAAGUGUCUGUGGAAGAACUGCGGGAAGGUCCUCAGCACAGCUGCAGGGAUCCAGAGGCACAUCCGCACUGUUCAUCUGGGGCGUAACUGUGACUCUGAGUGCAGCGAUGGCGAGGAGGACUUCUACUACACGGAGAUCAAGCUGAACACCGACUCCGUGGCGGACGGCCUCAGCAGCCUGUCGCCUGUGUCCCCGUCUGUGCUGUCCCCCCCGCCGCCGGUGACCUCCGACCCCAGGCACCCCGACGCCAACGGCAACGGAAAGGCCGACAGCAACACCACGCCCCUCAGCCGCUCCGCCCCCAGCACGCUCUACCUCGUCCACACUGACCAUGCCUACCAGGCGACCGCCCCCGUCACCAUCCCCAGCUCCACCAACUUCACCCCCAGCAACUGCAGCAGCGUCAGCAUCUCCUGGCAGUCCCCCCCUGUCACCUUCACUGGUGCCUCUGCCUCUCCAACUCACGGUAAGACCCAGAGUUUCGGGGAGCAGCGUCCGCAGUCCAUCGCCGUGCUCUCCUCACCCCCUAGAGCGUCUGGCUCGCUCAGGAAGUCCCGCGGAGAGGGGAAGAAGUGCCGCAAGGUGUACGGCAUGGAGAACCGGGACAUGUGGUGCACAGCCUGCCGCUGGAAGAAGGCCUGCCAGAGGUUUGUGGACUGAGACCCGGGGCUUCCCUUCAGCCGCAGUGCGCCGCCAAAAACCUGCCCACUACCCACCGCCCCGACCCGCCGACACCCCCGUUGCCCGUCACCCCUUUCCUGGGCUGGGGUGGAACUUCCUGAGGCUUCCCCGUGGACCGAGAGCUGCUACCCCCCUCUUAGUGCAACCGGCCACGGGGGAGCUACGCGCGGCUCUGGAGCCGCUAACCGCUAACUGCAUUUUUAUAUUCCUUUUGUCCUCUAUUUACUUCUUUUUCAAGCUCUGGAAGCGUAAAACUUGUUUGUCCAGUAGGAGGGAAUCAGCAGUGAAGCUAAACUUUCCAUUUUGUAUGGAGAAUACCUUUCUUUUUUUAGCUUUGGAAAGGUGUGGAGAAAAAAAGGACAAGAAAAUCAUUGUUUUCCGGAGGAUAAUUCUUGGUAUUUUAUUCCUCUCUGGUUGACUUCGCUCCUUGUCCAUCCUGUAGACUGCUAAUGGGGGCUCCCCUCUUAGACUGCAGGCCCCACUGACCACCCCCAGGGAAUGUAACAAGAUGUUUGGAUUUCAGUUAGAAGAGCACCCCCUAAUGGAGACAGGCUGAUGCAAAAAAAAGACAAAAAAGACCAAGAAAAAGCCUAAAAUUGACCAGCAAAUAUUCCUCGUCUCUGUCACGUUUCCAGCUAGCAACUGCUCUCGCACACACAUGUACACAUAAACAAAAAAGGUUUUAUGCCUGUCUUCUGAUAACAUUUUUUUUUUCAGGAAUAAGUUAGUAGAAAGCAAAACCAGCACCUACAUUUAUACAAAACUGUUUUUCUGUGCUCUCCAGUUUAUAUAUACCAAUAUAUACUCGCAACCAAAAAAUUGUGUCGAAACCCACAUACCUACACUUUUCCUCUUGUUAUUGUUGAGUGGUGCGUUUUUGUCACAGUAACUGUUUCAAACUGAAAUAUUGUGGAAAAUUAAGACGCAAAGCAAACUUUCUGGCAAUAAGAAGGUCAUCCAUAAAAAAGACUUUUUUUGCCACAAGAGGUUGAACGUCCUUUGUGUCGAUCCAGUAGGGAUAGGAGACGUGUUUUUGCCCUCUACACAAACAAAACAGGAGUCUUCAACUGAAAUUCUAUUUUUCAGUUCUAAUACUGUUCUUUAAAAACAACAUAACAGUUUGAAAUUGAGGAGUACGUCUAUACAGAAGAUGCAUAACAGCUUAAUAUCUGUACACGAAGAGCUUAAUACCUGUACUAUAAAGAG